AUGGGUGUAAUACGGAAGAAGACCGCUUCGCGCGGUACUGAAGCAGGCACUAAAUAUCACUGUGAUAUUUGCUCCAUUGAUGUGACUUCAACGGUUCGCAUCUCGUGUGCACACCCGGUUUGCAAUGAAUACGAUCUCUGCGUUCCCUGCUUCGCCGCUGGGGAAAAGUCCAAAAACCACGACCCCACUACACACCCAUAUCAAGUGAUCGAGCAAAAUUCGGUUCCUAUUUUCGAGGAAGAUUGGGGGGCGGAUGAGGAAUUGCUGCUGUUAGAAGGUGCCGACAUCUACGGACUAGGCUCCUGGGCAGACAUUGCGGAUCAUAUUGGCGGCUACCGUACCAAGGACGAAGUGCGAGACCACUACUACAGCACCUACAUUUUCACGCCCAAUUUUCCGUUACCCGAACGAGCAGACCCCGACGAUACAAGUCUUUCCGAUUCGAUCUCCAAGGAAGAAUUCCAAGCUCGAAAGAAGCGACGUAUCGAAGAGCGCAAGGAUGCGGCCAAGGCAGCUCCGCCAACGACCCCGAAACAGAAGCCAACAGCCAGUGUACCGGCAUGCCACGAGGUGCAAGGGUAUAUGCCUGGGCGUUUGGAGUUCGAGACCGAAUUCUUGAACGAUGCGGAAGAGGCAGUACAGCACAUGGUUUUCGACCCGGGUGCAGGUAUCCUACCGAACGGCGAAAACGAUGCCGAGAUGGAAUUGAAGAUGACGGUGGUGGAUAUUUAUAACGCGCGUCUUACGGCCCGAACGGAGCGCAAGAAGAUUCUCUUUGAGCACGGCUUGCUCGAGUACCGAAAGAACACGGCACUGGAGAAGAAGCGCACUAAGGAGGAACGAGAUCUGCUGAAUAAGACGAAGCCAUUUGCGCGGAUGAUGAACCACGACGAUUUCGAGGAAUUUAGCAAGGGAUUGGAGUACGAGCACAACCUACGACUUGCCAUCUCGCAGCUACAAGAAUGGCGACAGAUGGGAAUCGGGGAUCUGAAGGGUGGGGAGAAAUAUGAACAAGAAAAGCAGCAACGUAUGCAGCGACUGAUGCCUCAGGGCUCGUUUGAUCGGUUCGCAACUUCACGGCCAAAGCAGUCUCAGCAGCCGGAACAUCCAACGGCGGCCAGUCAAUUAACAACUCCCGAGCUCCCCUUGCGACUUCAGAAGGCCUCGACUGGUGCAGCAAAGACCCCCGAACCUAACGGCAACCAGGCCAUGAAUGACUUUGACCGGAUGUUUGCCAGCAACGGGGACCCGGUUUCCACGCCACAGCCGGCUAAGACCAAGUUCGUGGUGCCGCCGUUGAAUGGAGUGGUUCCAUGGAAACUAGAGAACGAUGGUGCUCCCGAUCUACAUUUGUUGACGAAGGAAGAGGUGGAGGUGUGCAACGUGCUUCACGUCCAACCCAAACCAUACCUGGUCAUUAAGGAAACACUGUUAAAGGAGGCCAUGAAACAGGGAGGGAGUUUGAAAAAGAAGGAUGCACGGACUAUUUGCAAGAUUGACAGCGCCAAAACGGGCCGUAUCUACGAUUUUAUGGUACACAGUGGAUGGAUCAACAAGUCGUAG